GCAGGUGGGUUUGCUUUUGUUUAUGAAGCUCAAGAUCUUGGGAGUGGCAAAGAUUAUGCUUUGAAGAGAUUGUUGUCCAAUGAAGAAGAAAAGAACAAAGCCAUCAUCCAAGAAGUUUGUUUUAUGAAAAAGCUUUCAGGUCAUCCCAACAUUGUCCAGUUCUGCUCUGCUGCAUCUAUAGGAAAAGAAGAAUCGGAUACUGGGCAGGCUGAAUUUCUUCUGCUCACUGAGCUAUGUAAAGGGCAGCUGGUAGACUUCUUAAAGAAAGCAGAAUGCAAAGGGCUUAUUUCAUGUGAUACUGUUCUGAAGAUAUUUUAUCAGACCUGCAGAGCAGUGCAGCAUAUGCAUAAACAGAAACCUCCUAUUAUUCAUAGGGAUUUAAAGGUGGAAAACUUGCUGAUUAGUAACCAAGGAACAAUUAAGCUGUGUGACUUUGGCAGUGCUACAACAGUAGCAUAUUAUCCUGACUACAGCUGGUCUGCACAAAAGAGAGCAGUAGUUGAAGAAGAGAUUACGAGGAACACAACCCCGAUGUACAGGACUCCAGAAAUGAUCGACUUGUAUUCAAACUUUCCAAUUGGUGAAAAACAGGAUAUAUGGGCCUUGGGCUGUAUCCUGUACUUGUUGUGCUUUAGGCAGCAUCCAUUUGAAGACGGAGCCAAGCUUCGCAUAGUCAAUGGAAAAUACUCCAUUCCUCAGACUGACACUCGAUACACUGUGUUCCAUGAUCUCAUUUGUUCAGCUUUGAAGGUAAAUCCAGAGGAGAGGUUGUCAAUCACUGAGCUAGUGAAUCAAUUGCAGGAAAUAGCAGCUGCUAGGAAUGUAAAUCCAAAAUCUCCAAUUACAGAGCUCUUAGAGCAAAAUGGAGGCUAUGGAAACAAUGCUCAACCUCGACUGUCUACAAACUCAGUGUUGCAGAACUCUAAACCUGCAGGACAACUCAAUAAUGUGUACAAUGCAGGCCUGACAGUUGCAGAAUGUGACCAGUCAUAUGGAGGAUUCUUUGAUAUUCUUAAGGGUGGAACAGAAAGAUUUUUCACUAAUAUCAAGGAUACUUCUUCUAAAGUCAUCCAAUCUGUGGCCAAUUAUGCAAAGGGAGAUUUGGAUAUAUCGUUUAUCACUUCCAGAAUUGCUGUGAUGUCCUUUCCAGCAGAAGGUGUAGAAUCUGCCAUCAAAAAUAACAUAGAAGAUGUGCGAUUAUUUUUAGACUCUAAACACCCUGGACACUAUGCUGUUUACAAUGUAUCUCCAAGAACAUACAGGUCUUCAAGAUUUCAUAAUAGGGUUUCUGAAUGCGGUUGGCCAGCGAGACGUGCUCCAAAUCUUCAAAACCUUUAUAGCAUUUGCAAGAACAUGCAUUUAUGGCUGAAGCAAGACCAGAAAAAUGUUUGCAUUGUGCACUGCCUUGAUGGAAGAGCAGCUUCUGCUGUCGUAGUUUGUUCUUUCCUGUGCUUCUGUCAUCUCUUCACUACUGCUGAGGCUGCAGUUUAUAUGUUCAGUAUGAAACGCUGUCCACCUGGCAUUUGGCCUUCUCACAAAAGAUAUAUAGAGUACAUGUGUGACAUGAUGGCAGAAGAACCCAUUAUUCCUCACAGUAAGCCGAUCCUCAUCAAAUCAAUCGUCAUGACUCCAGUACCUCUAUUCAGCAAGCAACGCAAUGGCUGUCGGCCUUUUUGUGAAGUUUACGUUGGGGAUGAAAGAGUGACUACUACCUCACAGGAAUAUGACAAAAUGAAAGAGUUUAAAACUGAAGAUGGCAAAGCAGUAAUCCCCCUGGGGAUAACAGUGCAAGGAGAUGUUCUCAUUGUGAUCUAUCAUGCCAGGUCAACCUUAGGAGGCAGACUCCAAGCAAAGAUGGCUUCAAUGAAGAUGUUCCAGAUUCAGUUCCAUACAGGUUUUGUGCCCCGAAAUGCCACCACAGUGAAAUUUGCUAAGUAUGAUUUGGAUGCUUGUGACAUUCAAGAGAAAUACCCUGACUUAUUUCAAGUAAAUCUGGAAGUGGAGGUGGAGCCUAAGGACAGACCUAGUAGUGAACGAGCACCAUGGGAUAACUUGAACAUAAAGGGACUCAAUCCAAAGAUCCUUUUCUCCAGCCGGGAGGAACAACAAGAGAUUUUAUCGAAAUUUGGUAAACCUGAGCUACCUAGACAACCAGGUUCAACAGCACAAUAUGAAGCAGAAGUAUCCAAAUUGGAACAAUCUUCAGAAAACAUAUCUACGGAGCCAGACUCUUCACACAGCAGCAGCACUGAGACAAAUAACUUCUUCCACACUUUGGACUGGCAAGAAGGAAAAGGUCCAGAGACUGGAAUCAAGGACCACUUAUCCAAAGACAGUCAUCUGGAACUAACUGAUGACAGGGAUGAGAGUGAGCCUUCGGAUGAUGAGUUUGCUACAGUUCCUAAUGAAGGGAUGGUGGUGUUAACUGAAGAAAAAGAAAAACCCACUUCAACAGAAGAUUUACUUUUUGAAGCCAGUUUUGAAUCUCCCCCUACCCAACCGCAAGAAUCUCUUCCAGAAGAGAAAGUGGAUUUACUGGGGCUAGACUCUGAUGUUCCCCAAGAACAGAAUCCUCCUGCCUCAGAGAUGAACUCUUCAUCUAGCAAUGCAGACCUACUGAACAAUUUGUUGGUGGAUGGCACACCUCAGGCUUCAGAAGAACCUACUGGGGACCUUCUGGGACAAGGGGAAGACUUCUUUUUCAGCAGUCAGUCUCAUCCCUCUGUCAGUGCCCAGAGUACAUCUUCAACAGCAGUGGUGUCUUCUGCAGCUGAUCCGUUUGACCCAUUCAAAAUGUCAUCAGGUUCUGAAAAUCCAACCCUGACUGGCCCCGAUCUCUUUGGCGACUUCCUUAAUCCAAAUGCAGCAUCCUCAUCCCGUACGUUUCCCUCCGCACACAGCGCACCACCUCCUUCUUCUAGUUCAGACUUCUUAAAUUUAGGAAAUCUGACACCAGAGCCAGCUAAGAUAACUUCCUCUGCAAGUCACCCAGACCUUUUGGGUGGAUGGGACUCCUGGGCUGAUUCCUCAGCUGCUGCCAGUGUGGCUUCACAACAACCAAAGAAGUCUGCAUUUGAAGGCCAAGCUCUUACUACAGGAAGCCAGUCAAGUGCGUCUUCAGGUCUAUCUCUCACCCAAGCACAAUCUCAAAAUUUUGACCCUUUUGCUGACCUGGCUAACCUUAGAUCUGGUCUUCCAGGUUCUUCCAGUGGCAGUUUCUCACCUGGUGGAUUUGCUCAGAAGUCUGCUCCUUCUCAGAAACCAGGCAGUGGUCAGUGGCAAAAGAACAAGCCACAAACUACUGGUUCUUCAUGGCAGCCCCAGGCUAAACCCAGUGCCCAGGCUAAGCCCAACUAUACAGUGAACUUCAGUGUUAUUGGAGGGCGUGAAGAAAGAGGUAUUAGAACUCCUUGUUUUGGACAAAAGCCAAAAGUUUCAGAAAAUGAUUUUGAGGACCUGUUGUCCAAUCAAGGAUUUUCAGCUAAAUCAGAUAGAAAAGGACCAAAGACCAUUGCUGAAAUGAGAAAGCAAGAAAUGUCCAAAGAUAUGGAUCCCCUAAAAUUAAAGAUUCUAGAAUGGAUUGAGGGAAAGGAGAGAAAUAUAAGGGCUCUGAUAUCCACUCUUCACACAGUUCUUUGGGAAGGUGAGAAUAGGUGGAAGCCAGUGAGCAUAGCUGAUCUAGUUACCCCUGAACAAGUAAAGAAGUACUACAGGAGAGCAGUACUUGUAGUUCAUCCAGAUAAGGCCACAGGACAGCCUUAUGAACAGUAUGCCAAAAUGAUCUUCAUGGAGUUGAGUGAUGCAUGGUCAGAGUUUGAAAACCAAGGAUCAAAAUCCCUUUUCUAAAAGUUCACCUUGCUGUGAUUUUCAAAACGUAUUUGCUACAGAAUGGAGUCCAGCACUGGUAGUCUGACCUUACCGUCUCUGGGAUUUAGGAAAGAUUUUGUUCUGUAUGACGUCAGCAGUGUGUGAAAUCGUACACUUAAAUAUGGAGAUGCAUUUUAUAAGACGUAGAAUUUAAAGCAUUACACAUAUGCACUAAAAAACCCCAGCUGUUCAGUUCUUCAAAAUCAUAGCCUGGAAGUAGAGAUUUUCAUUCAGUUUUAAAUAUGGUAAAACAAAUUUUAAUGAUGCCCACUGAGAUUUGAUGUUGGUAUCCAAGAAUAAGACAUUCCAAACCCAGCGAUUUUUUUUGUUUUCUUAGAAAAUAAGAGACGACCUCAACUUAUGGUUCUGUUACUUUCAGUAGUUCUUGUGAUUUGAGUUUGAUGCUUGCCUAUCGCCUUACUCCAAGUGCUUUAGCUCCAUCACAGUGAAUUUGCUCAGCAUAUCUUUUCUUGAAUCUAUGUGAGGUGUACAUUUUCAUCUGUAUGUUGUGUACUCAAUCUGAUAAUCAUUCUGUAAAUAAUUAAAAUAUUUUCUGAUAAUACCUGUGUUCCUUACAAUGAAUUGACAGUUACUUAGCCAAAAAGUUCCCAGUUACGGGAAAGCCCGCCAGGGUGGUUCUUGACUUUUUUUUUUCCAUAUCAUGAAUUUGGAAAUAUAUUUUGGCUUUAAUAUAAGGACUGCAUGUUCUGUUUUUUUUGUUAUUUAUUAUGAAUUUUUGGAAGGUAAUACUUGUGUGAUUUAGUGCUUAUUUUCCUAAUCCUAUGAAUUGUAUGGUUUGCUUGUCUUUUUUUUUUUUUUUUCAGUGGAAUGUGCCUUCCAUUGGUUUUAUAUAAAUGCUAUAAUAGAAAAAUAGUGUCAUUUAUUCUGAAACUUGAAUUGUGAGCACAAAACAGUUUACUCUGAUUUUGUCUGUUUUAACUGAGUAAAUGUUACAUCAUUAGCUGCCUUGGAAAGCAUUUACUGUGCUUCCAGAUUCCUUUUGUGGCAUGUUGAGUAGUUCAUUGAUUUCUUUUUCUUUUCCCUUUUUUUAAGUGCAUGGAUAUCUGUGUAUACAAAAAAACAAACACCCCCUGGUGUAUAGUGUAUCUCAUGCCUGAUGUACACUGGCUAGUACAAGACCUGUAGAGAACCUAGCUCGGGAACAAAACUUGCUGCAUUAUUUAUCAUCCCUUUUAUGAAACUCAGUUAAAUGUUAAUUCUUCAGUAAUGUUGGGAUAAUCGAUUUACAAAUUAUUAACACCUAUUAUACAGCAUUGUACAACUCCAGACAGCAAAUCUCACCUCUGACACGUUUGCAAAAGGUUUUCUGAAUGUAAUAUUUAGGUUUGGUGGCAGUUCUUGAAACUAACACUGUUGCUUUUACCAUCAAAGUAACUAUAAAGGUAUUUUUUAUCACUUUGCCAUGGUCUUCCAUUUUGGUGGUUAACUGAGAGAAGCUGUGGCAAAGUCAAAAGUUGUACUCUUUCACUGAGUAGUGUCCAAACAAAAAAAGCUAGUCAAACCCCCCAAAGUGAAUGAUAUUACAUAAAAUGAGCUUUUCCACUGCCAAAUCCACUUUGCAGCAAGGGGAUAGAGAUGAUUUAUGGACACUUUUUUCAACUCGGAUAUAGCUCAGUUAGUUGUCACCUUUGUGUAUAUGUAUACUCAACUACUGUUAAGUUUUUAACUAGAGGAAAGGUCCGAGGUUAUUGGAUUCUUACCUGUAGCACAACUCGAAAGUAGACUUCAUUUCAUUGAAUUGCUAGCUUAUGAAAGUAUAUCUGCCUCCCCUGUGGUCUGAUACAAGCUAGCAUUUGGGUACAUCAUAGUUUUAAAUGGAAGGCCUGCUUUCAUGAGGGUUAAGGGCCUCUACAUAGGGCAGAAAUGUUAACAAUAGAAGGACUCUUACACCACCUAAUUGCAGGUUUGUAAAGUGCAGGACAAAAGGUAGGCAGAUGCAAGGCUCUGUGAUGAUUGAUAUCUGGGUUGCACUUUGAUAUGAAAUAAGGAGACAUCGAUCAUAGGAUUGAUAUGAAAUAAACAAUGCAGUACCGAACAGUGCUGCUUUCUUAAGAGAAGGAAGGAAUCCUUAUGUUCGGCAUGCAUUCCAGGGCAUUCGGGGACCUAUGUAUCUUUUUAAAGGGACACAAUAAAAUGUGGGGUAUUUAAAAAUGUUGAUAGAAGUGAAAACUCAAAUUGUGACAACUGGAAAACAAACUUUCACUAAUUUCACUAAUCUUUUUGUUUGUUUUAAAUUACCUUUGAGUGUUUGAUAGCACUUUUUAUGUGCAGUUGGUUUCACCUGCUUUGCUCACACAGCAUUUUGGAUAGGUGUUUAUGGCAUUGAGAGUUAGCCCUCAGGUUUUCUUCCCUUUCAGAAGAAUUGAUACAGUAACUUGAACACAUACAGGAACAGAAGCACACAUCAUUUUAAAAUGUACCUAGAUUUCAAGUCUAGUGUUCCUGUAAAGUUACAGAGAAUUAGGGAGUAUAGUUGUGGAUUUUUAUGAAUGAGCAAUUCUGAAACUGAAGAUCUGGUAAAGCAAGGGAGUGUUGAGGGAGAGGUGGGAAAUAAAUAGUAUUAGUUUUUCCACCUUCAAUUGUUAUAUUGUAUUGCAGAGAAUUAAUCACCACAAGCAUUGGAUGAAAUGAUUCUGGGGUAGGGAAUGAUCUAGCAAAAUAAGGUACAGAACAGAUAAAAAUGAAUUAGUGAUUCUUACCAGGGAAACUUGCUUUUUAAUUAUUAAUGGAUACAAGAUAUGUACAGAAGUUUUUAAAUUUCACUUAAAACCGCCUCAAAAACCUUCUAAGCUGUAUCUCAUAGAGUCUCAAGGAAGAACAUUUCAGAUGACAAUUGCUCUGACCACUGACCUGAAACACUUAUUGAAGUUGUUUGCUUCAGAAGAGAACGCGGUGAUAAAACCACGUAAGGAAGAGUGCAGUGAUGCCUACAUAAUAGUAAAGGCUCAGAUUUCAUAUGCAGUUACUUAUCUGGAAAGGUUAAAUGCUUAUAUAAAACUCUCAUUAGCAAAUUACAGGUAGACAUCUUAAUAGAAGGGGAACAUUUCAGCUACUUCUAAUGAAAAGGACCAGCAUGGCCUAGCAAAUCCAGUGAGAGUUUCUUAAGAUGUAAUGAAAGGCAGUUGGCUGUUGAGCAUGAUAUGUAGCAAUGCCUAUCUGACUAUGGUUUUUCAUGUCAUCCAAACCAUCACCCUUGUCUCAGCACCUCCCUAUCCAUAACAAGAAGCUGAAAGAAAUUUAGUAUAGGGCAGGGUGCAAAUUGGUUCAUGAGCUAAGAUUUACUGGAUGUGAAGUGUGAGGGGGAGGAAGAAGUGGGGUAGGGGGUCAAGUUUUGCACUUUAGUCUGAUUUUAUAUUUUUAAAUAAACUUUACCCAUCUAUAAUCCACAUGGAAAUGCAGUUGCCCAGGAGAUCCAUGGCAGCAGGGUCAGGAAGAGCAUCUGGUGGAUACAGGUUCAUAGAGUAACCUUACAUUAGUAUGGUCCAGCUGUGCUCUUGGCCUAUACACUUUUAAAGUGAAGCAAUUCAGUAAGUGGCCUUCAUUUUCAAAGGAAUGGAGGCCUGUGGUUCUGAAGGAGGCUAGCAGGGUUUGGUUAGGUGAUGUCUUUAAUAUCAGGCUAUGUUCACUUAGCUGCCUAGUUUGAGGUGGCUUUGCCUCAAGCACCACCUUUGCAAAUAAACUAUCAGGUGUUUAUAGAACAGUGCACGUCAGAGAAAAGUUGAGGAACACUUGAAUACAUGUGGUCUGUAUGUGGAGCAUAUGGCUCUUGCUAGUUUGCCAGCAGAAGUUAGAUGAUGUUACGGAGAGGGAAGUGUUUUUAGAUACCAGCAUAGUUUCUAAAACACAGCAGAAAUGCUAUUGUUGGUUUAAAUAGUAGGCAAAUGAAGUGUAUGAGGGUGAUUAUUAGAAAAGACUAGCCAGAAAGGGACCAUUAUGCUGGAGGGAAAGGGUAGGAUUUGGGGGAAGUGUUUGGGAGAGAGUGAUAGCCUAAGUGACCCAAAAGACGCGUUGCAGCCUGAGAGACCUAGCUCUGUCACUUCCUAGUGGCUCACCUACACGCAACUGGCACCUCUUAAAUAGCCCAACAGAGAGAGGCAACAGGGAAAUAAUUAGAUCUGCAGUUUUCCCAUCUUGGUAGGCAAGCUCACUGAAUGCUGUGGUCCAUUCAGGCAUUAAGAAUGCAACAUACCCACCCUCCAGCAAUGUCGUGUCAUCCUCCUCGGCUAUGCUCUCCAUUCAUACUGCAAGUGGCUUCUUCUGACUGUACUGGAGGGCCUGCUGAGUCCUCUGUCAUAUGCAGAGUGGCUGUAGCAGAAUAAAGUGGUCAGGGAUUCAACUCUUACUAAAUUCAGGAGUGUGAGAUUUAAAUGAUGAAAAAAUGGCCUAUGGGCAGUGGCAGUAGGGAACCUGGGAGAAGCUUUUACUAGGUUUUAACGUUUAUCCAUGGCCACAUGUUUUAUGGACUAUUUAUUUUCAAGUAAAAUAUGGACACUCAGACUUGUACAAGAAGCAGUGUUUACCCAUAGGAGAGCACUAUAUAAACCUGUUCCCUUCAGCCUUUAAACCCUGAUCCACAGCCUCUUGAAUUGAGAUGAAUUAAUAUCAUGUGAGAGUGAUAUAAAUCUUUACAAAUAAAAGGAAAACAGCUCUUCUGCAAAGGCUUGAAAGUUUAAAUGGAGUGGAUGGACUGUGCCAAAUGGAAAAAAGCAAGCAAGUGAGAAAAUGUAGCCCAUGGCAGAUCUAUGAGCUUCUGACUACUAAUGAGAUCAAGCGGCAGAAGGAACAUCUUGUUCUCUGCACAGCUUGGGGAGGAGUAAAUGCAAGAUGUCAUUCCCAGGUCUUAGCUGUGUUGUACCUUAGUGCACUCCAUCCCGUUUUCUUUUUAAUUCUUGGUUUGCAUAAGAGCAGGCUCCAAAUCUGGGAAGUAUUAAUUGCAAGGGCUGUACUUAAAUUGAUUGGGAGAUGCAGUGCUGCUUGAUUAACCAACUCAUCACAUCGGCUGUGUGGGUUUUGAAGCACACUGAACAAGUGCAUUUUAUCUUUUUGCCUGUUAACUAACUGCCUAUUUAAAGUGACCUCCAGCAUAGGUUGCUGGAGUAGCUAGACCUUCCCUUAUUGAUUCCACUGUUUCUCUCCCUUUUUUCCCCUCUUAGCAUUUCAUGCUAAUGCCUUUUAGUCUUUCAGGUAAAUAAAAUGGUUGUCAAUCAAAAAUUGACCAAUCAAAAAUCCAUAGAUUUUAAGUUCUCUGUUCAUAGCAGUAUCUGUAGUGCAUUGCUAUCAAAAUCUGCAGACUUAAAAAAAACAAAACACACACACACACACACACACACACACACACACACACACACACACACACACACA